AUGGCGGCGACGGCGGUUUUCCGGCAAGCUUUACGGCGGGUUUCCAGCGGCGGUUUUUCGCUUGUUUUCACGGGAGACGCCGGCGAGCAGCGUUUCUGGCGUCGAUUUGGCGAGGGAAGGCGACGGCGUGCUGGUGGCGGCAGCCCCGUGUCGUUUUGGUGUUGCGUGGUAGCGGGUUACUGUCGGGUUCGCCGUGGGCGACGGGAGGCGGCCGGCUGGGGCGGUGGCGCGGCGGCGUGGUGUUGUCGCGAGCGAGGGGACGGCGGCGGCUGGCUCCGAUGCUGGUCCGGCGAGGUGGGGCAGCAGCAGUCUUCAAGUGAUGCCGGAUGGUGGUGGCAGCGGGCUGGAGCUGGGCGUCUACCGGGUGGAGUGGGGUGGCCGGUUUCGGGUGGUGGUGCGGCGUCGCGGGCUGGCGGUCGUUUGUCGGCCGGCGGCGGCGUUUGGUUGGGCGGCGUUGCGUGGUGGCGGCGCUUCUACGGUGGAUGGCCGGUGAAGGUUAGGGGGGGCGUGAGAGAGAGGGAAGAGGGGGGUUUGGGUGAUUUGGGGAAGAAGGAUAAGGGUUUAUGA